ACCAGAGCUGCUAUCUGGAAUUUUAUACAAGAAAUAAGAAAUUGUUAUGGAUCUAGUUACAUUGAUUCAACAGUUCUUCCUAGAUCUGGUUCUAAUCAUUUCAUUUCAUCCAUUUAUCUUCUCUUUUCUUCUCCUGUGGCCACUUUUCUAUUUGCUAAAGCUCAGUAGAAAUCCAAAACUCAGACUCCCUCCGUCUCCACCAAAGCUACCAAUUAUAGGAAACCUUCACCAAUUGGGGAAGCUUCCUCAUCAGUCUCUCUGGGCCCUCUCUGAGAAGUAUGGCCCUAUAAUGCUCCUUUACUUUGGCAGCAUUCCAACAGCAAUAGUUUCUUCUGAAGAAUUGGCUCAAGAAGUCCUAAAGAAGAAUGAUAUUGCUUUUGCAGAGAGGCAUCCAUCGAGGGCUGCAAAAGUAUUCUCUUACGGUUGCACUAAUUCUGUGUUUAGCCCUUAUGGUGAAUAUUGGAGGCAGUUGAAAAAGAUUUCUGUUGUUGAACUUCUUAACCAGAGCAGGGUGGAGAUGUUUCAGUUUGCGAGGGAAGAAGAAGCGGCAAAAAUGGUUGAAAAGAUACAAUUCUCAUGUCUCAAUGAGGCUGCUAUCAAUCUUAAAGAGAUGCUUUUUAAUUUUUCAAACAAUAUUAUCUCAAGAUCUGCCCUUGGUAAGGUAUAUGGAAAAGAAAGUGGUCAUGAGAAUUUAGGAGAGCAGCAAAUGGAUGCUAUGGGAGCUUUCUGCUUGGAAGAUCUGUUUCCCUGUUUGGGAUGGAUGGAUUUUCUUACUGGGUUCAGACAGAAAGUGAAAUGCACUUUCGAAGCAAUAGAUCACUUCCUAGAUCAAGUGAUUGAAGAACAUAAGCUUCCAAAGAAUGAGGGUGAAAAAUCUAAUCAAAAGAACUUUCUAGAUAUCCUUCUUGAUCUUCAGAAGGAUGGUAACCUCAGCAUUAAUCUAACUCAAGACAACAUUAAAGCAAUUAUUCUGGGCUUGUUCGUGGGGGGAACACAUAUAGUUGCAGCAACAAUGGAAUGGGCAAUGGCAGAGCUUAUGAAAAAUCCGAGUGAAAUGAGAAAAGCCCAGGAAGAGGUAAGAAGAGUAGUGGGAAAGAAGCAGAAGGUAACUGACACUGAUAUCAGUCAAAUGGAGUACCUUAAAUGCAUCAUCAAAGAGACAUUGAGGCUGCAUACUAACAGUCUUCUUGUUCGACAUGCACGUACCAAAGCUAACUUGGGAGGCUAUGAUAUUUGUCCUGGAACAAGAGUUCUGAUAAAUGUGUAUGCAAUUCAGAGGGACGCCAAAUUUUGGGACAAGCCUGAAGAGUUCCACCCAGAGAGAUUCAGUAACAAUGAAGUCAGCUUCAGAGGAGAUUGCCUGCAAUAUUUUCCAUUUGGUUCUGGGAGAAGGAUGUGCUCAGGGAUAUCAUUUGGAGUUGCAGAAGUUGAAUGCGUGCUAGCCAAUCUCUUGUAUUGGUUCGAUUGGAAGUUGCCUAAUGGGACAGCCGCGGAGGACUUGGAUAUGUCAGAGAGUUUUGCCAUAACAGUUGUGAAGAAAAUUCCUCUUCAGCUUGUACCUGUAUCACCCGUUUCAUCUCUGUGAAGAUUAAGAGCUGUUCGUUUUCUUCUUUUUCAUUUUUCUCUUUGCUGAAUCAAUUGUCUUACAGUUGCUGCUUUUUCAGUUAUGAAUGAAUCUGGUAAACUGCG